CUUAAAUCAGUCUAUGGCACAGUUACCCUCAUACCCUGUUCUUUUUCACGUGUACAACAUGGCUUAUACCCCAUCUACAAUGUUGGUAUACACGACAGCUCACGUGACCCAUAAGAUAAGCGCACUUGAAAAUAUCUCGCCCGAUCCAUCUCCACCCAAAUACUGACCCAGCCAAUUGUUUCACCAUGGCCUCGAAUCCCAAGCGAUUACAUGGCUGGAAUUACACCAUUGACACACCCGACGUGGAGUCCACUCCGAGUACCCCCCGCCGCCGCAGGGGUACCCACGUCCCAGAGGCGAAAGUCGUGCUUCGUCGAGACGGUGUCGAGUUGAAGCAGGGCGACACGGUGCUCGUGCGGACCGGCUCCUCAACCGAUGUAGCCAUCAUCAAGGAGAUCAUCUUCGGAACCCACUCCUUUAUUGAGAUCACUGUUCAGUGGUUUACCCGGGCAGCUGAUGUUGACGGCGGGGGUAUCGCUCUAGGCAAAAACGAGCUUCUCGCCACAGCGGUCCAAGGCAAGCUCUGGCUCGAAAAUUACGCGGGCCACGUACAGAUCCUCUCAGAAAAAGAGGCCCGCGACGUCGAAUUGGACGAAACCACGUUCAUGUGCUGCCGGGGGUGUGACGAGGAGGACGGAAACGUCACCAAGACGUUUGAUUGGCGGGAGUACAGCGACUUGGCGUUGGUCAACCCCAGCGAGUUUGUGGAGCGUAUCCGUACAUUGACGGUGCAGCCAACGAAAGCAAGCUACGUUCGAGCCGCGGCGAAAGCAAAGGCUGCGGCCGAGGCGAAAGCGACAAGAGGGCCGCGAAAAAGACUGGCCAAAACCGCUGAGAUUUCCUCCGAGGAGAUUGACGAAACCGAGAGCGAUGCGAUGGACGAAAGCGAUACAAUGGAUGAAAGCGACAGCGAAAUAGAUGUCGAUUCAGGGGGGGAUAUCUCCGACGAGGAGUUUACCAACAAGUUCUAUAUGCAGAAGCGCGGCCCAGGCCGCCCACCGGGCGCAAAAAACCGUGUAAACCGCCUGCCGAGAAAAGCUGGUUCGCCGAAAAAAUUUGCCUCGCCGCGGAAGCUCGCCUCGCCACUGGCCCCGCGCCUCUCGCUCCCGCUCACCUCACUCAACCCCUCGGACGCUACGUUCAAGGAGAUCAAAGCAAAGCUCCACACAUCCUUGAAGCUCCGCUCGCUCCCCUGCCGUGAGGAUGAGUUUACGCAGCUUUAUGUGACCAUCGAGGGCGCCAUUAACACCGCCACCGGGUGCUGCUUGUAUGUCUCUGGGACCCCCGGGGUGGGCAAAACGGCGACGGUGCGAGAGGUAAUCGGAAACCUUGAAGAGCUCGUGGCGCAGGGCGGGUUAGAAGAGUUUGACUACUGCGAAAUCAACGGACUCAAGUUGGUUUCACCGAGCCAGGCGUACGAGCACUUGUGGCAGCAGAUUAGCGGUGAGGCGCGUGUGAGUGCCGCGCGCGCAGCGCCUAGCCUCGAGGCACACUUCCAGGGGAUGCAGGGUGCGCGCGCGGAUGACCCGCGUGUUGCGCGGCGACGGCCGCUUGUGGUGUUGAUGGAUGAAUUGGACCAGGUGGUGACGAAGAGUCAGGCGGUUUUGUACAACUUUUUCAACUGGCCCACGUACGCGAACCUGAAAUUGAUUGUGAUUGCCGUGGCAAAUACGAUGGAUUUGCCAGAGCGACUCCUCUCGAACAAGGUAUCAUCGCGGUUGGGGCUAAUCCGGAUCCAGUUCUUGGGGUACACUUUUCAGCAGUUGACAGAAAUUAUCACGACACGUUUGAACAUGAUUACGGGGCAGAAGCGGUUGGUGGUGAGCAAGGAUGCGAUUGAAUUUGCGGCGAGAAAGGUGGCAAACAUCAGUGGGGACGCGCGUAGGGCGUUAACGGUGUGUCGGCGCGCGGUGGAGAUUGCCGAGGCGAGACAUGAACAGAGGAAGGCUUUUUCUGAGCCGGAGGUGAAAGCAUCAGGAGGCUCCACCUCUCAGGCGAAAGAGGACCUGGAGAAUUGUACGCAUAAUGAAGUCGAAAAAAAUGGAGAAUUGACCGGCGAAGACGCCUCUGAUUUUGGAACCCUGACAGUCAAUGCAAGUCCACCGAAUGGGGAGGAUAGUAGCUCCAAUUCUGCCUCCGAUAUUGUUUUCGACCUCCAGAUGACGGACGUGAUGGAAGCGAUCAACGAAACAAUAUCCUCCCCGACGAUUCUCCAGCUCAACGCGCUCUCGUUUACGGCCAAGCUCUUUCUCGCGGCGCUUAUGUUGCGGCACAAGCGUGCGCAGCUCGCGGAGGUCGGCGUCGGGGACAUUAUUGACGAGAUGCGUCGGAUGGUGGUGCUUAACUCGGCCAACACCAAACUCUCUGUUGAUGAUGAUUCGCUCUUGGCGUUGCUUUACAAUGAGAAGGGGCUGACAAACUUGCGAGUCAAUCAGUUCCACCACACCUUGGAGGAGUUGCUUGAGAUGGGGAUCUUGCUCUGUAACAGUGGCAGUCUGGGGGUUACGGGCUUCGUUGGGGAGCGUCAUCUCUUGGUCAAGUUGAAUGUGAGCAGAGAGGAGGUGAACCAGGCUUUGAAAGGGGACAAGGUGCUUCGGGGGCUUAUCUAGACAAAGGCAUUGCAAACGGAGGGAAAUCAAAC